AUGGACGAGCCAUUCCGCAAAAGACCCCGCCUUUCGAUGUUCGCCGACGAUUCUUCGAAUACGGCUCUUGAUCAAGACCUGGACUCUAUGCGCUAUAGGAAUGACUUCCUGCUUAAGUCGAGGUUCGAGUCUAUAUUCGAGAAGUAUUCCAAAGAUUUCACUGGCAUCGGCGAUGAAAUCGACCUCGAGACCGGGGAGAUCAUUGUAGAUAAUGGCCAUCUACAUUCGAUCACGACCGAAACAGACACUGGCAUGGGGAACAAUGUUGACACGGGAAAAGCAUUCCUCAAAGCUAUGACUGUAGAUCAAGAUCCCGAAGACCCUUACUACAACGAAGGCGCCGACAACGUUCUCAUGAGCAUAGAGGAAAUUGCAGAGAAUGCCUUUAACGGCCAGUCCGAUACCCAGGAGGAUAGUGAAGAUGACCUAUUUCCGGCUCAGUCAUUGGCCACUCCACCAGACUCGCGCGGCCAUGAUACGAUAGAAAAGUCUGAUUUCAAGUCCGAGUCCGACACCGAAUCAUUAUUCGACGUUAAAAUCCCCCUUCGCGACUCGAGUCCAGACUCUUUAUUUGAGGCCUAUUCUACUGCAGACAAUGUCAAGGACUUCGACUCUCAGCCCGAAACUGCCGAGUUGAUGGAUUCAGCUCUUAGUAGUGAGAACGACCAAGACAGUGUUAUACUAGCCAGGUAUGGGGAGCACGUCGGUACUGAAGUAAUUGAUAUGCUUCGAAGAGAAAGAGCAAAGGCCGAAGCACAUAUUGAGCCAGCCUGGCGGAUCCCCUCGAACAUCAUUCCCCCCAAGGCAUUAAAUUCUCUUGGAACUUCCUCGCCAUUGCCAUCAAUGAGGUCUCAGAGCCAGGACGAUCGAAUGCUUUUUGCUACGACCUCACAGCCGAAACGAUCCGAGAGCCUGGAAAUCCAGAAGUCCUUUUCCCGACCUCCGUCUGAACCAUUGGAAUCGCUGUGGAAAGCUCCCGGUCCAACCAGGAUCAGAAAAGUUCGCAGACCCGCUCAGCGCUGCCGUACGAAACGAAUACUUCGUGCCGAUUCCGCAGAUCCGCUCCAAGAUGGUUUUGUGAGUGACCAUCCGGAGCACGAUGAUGUUGAAGCUUCAGGAUCCGAGUAUGAGGCGGUAAAAAAGAAAUGGAGAAGGAGAAAUUCCUCCCAAGAAUCACUCGACAACGAAGACGAACAGAUAAAGAGCUUACAGCAAGGGGUUUGCGCCUAUUGUGGUCGACAGUAUAAAACGCGUGCUGGAGUUAUCUCUCAUUGGGCGAACCUUGCCGAAAAGUUCGAGACUCGAGGCGAGAUAGAUAACGUGCACGACAUAACUUACCUUCGUGCAUAUCGCCAAAAGGUUGCACUCACUACCACCCGGACGACUAGGUUAGUCCUGUCAGAUUUCAGGACGAUGGUAGAGUUACAUGAAGGAGCCGGUCUGACCUUUGCUGAAAUUGCCGAUUGUGGAGCAUUGCGGACCAAGAAAACCGGUCCUGGUUUGGCGGAUGUCUAUGAUCGGUAUCGAACUGCACCAGUAAAUAAGCCUGAACCCAAAGAGUGGUCAUCUGAAGAAUUGGCGGCCCUGGCAAAACUUUGCGAAAACCCGAUCAGAGACAUGAGCACUUUCGCCAAAACGCGGCAACUCAACGGGCGAAGCCAUUUCGAGAUAGCGGGGAAGCUGGCUGAGAUCUGGCUGAAUGAGCUGCAAAAGUCGAUUCGGCGACCAAAAAGUGGCGACACUGUAUCAACAUCCCACAAGGCCAUCGGAGGUGUUUGGCCCGCACAUGUACAUCGACGAGGCUCAACCGAAGACCCCUUGUUCAUCAAGGAAGAAUGCGAUGACUGA